AGAAAAACGCCCUCCAGCGUGCCCGUGACGCGCACGGCGCUCGCGCUGUUGCGCCCCGCCAAGCGCCUCUCGUGCCACGACCACGCGUCCGUCACCAGCCUCGACUUCGACGACUCCGGCCAGUUUUUGCUCAGCGCCGCCGCCGACCGGACCAUCCAGCUCUACGACUGCCACAAGGGCGUGCGCCAGCGCGAGGUCCAGUCGCAGAAGUACGGCGCCCACUUGGCCAGGUUCACGCACGACGGCCUCAGCUGUCUCUACGCGUCCACGCCCGCGGUCGGCGGCGCCGGCCCGGACCACGCGGUGCGCCUCCUCCUGCUCGCGCUGAAGAGCUACCUCCGCUACUUCCGCGGCCACACGGACCAGGUGGUGCUGCUCGAGAUGAACCCCGUGUCGCGCACGUUUCUCUCGGCCGCCGCGGACCACACGGUCAAGACCUGGGACCUCCGGGCGCUGCAGCCGCUGGGCAGCGUGGGCACCGCGCGCGCCGCGCAGGUGGCGUUCGACCCGCACGGCGUGGUGUUCGCCGUGGCCGAGGCGCCGCAGCCGGCCGCCGAACCUGGCUGCGUGGCGCUCUACAGCACGGCCGCCUGCGACCGCGGGCCGUUCCUCCGCGUGCUGCUUGCGGCAGCAUCGCCGGACGCGUGGACGCGUGCCGAGUUCUCCAACACCGGCCGCUGGUUGCUCGUGGCCACGGCCCUGGCGCGGCACCUCGUGUUGGACGCGCUCCUGGGCCGCCUCCGCGCGACCUUGGAGGUGGACGCGCACGCGGCGCCGGGCUGGAUGCGCUUCCAGUACGCCAGCGCGGGCGCCGCGUGCUUCAGCGCGGACGGCCGCCACGUGUUUGCGGGGCACGUGGACGGCAGCGUGGCGCUCUUCGACCUUGCGGCGUUGGCGCCGGACGCCGCGGACGACGCGCCGCCGGUGACGGUGCGCCCGUGCGCCAUGCUCCCGAGCCGCCAGGGCAUCCCGAAGGUGGUGGCGUUCAACCCGAGGCUCUUGGCGUUGGCCACGGCGGACUCCAGCGUGGUCUUGUGGUCCCCGCCUGCGGACGACUAG